AUGAGCUCCUUCUUCUAUGAUAUGACCGUGAAAACAUACUUUACUAACACAGACGUUACAAUCAAGGUGAAGGUUUUCCGGAAGGUGAAGGGAAGAGAUAUCACCGACGAAACAACGCCGACUCUCUCCUUCCUUCUUGUCGACGAGGAAGGAACGAAGAUCCAUGCAGCCGUCAAUGGUCCGGCUUAUGGAACUUUCGAGGACGUUCCCGAAGGAGCAUGGAUACAAAUCGCCGGAGCUGUUGUCUCGAGCGCUAAUUGGAAAGAUCCGAACCAUAUCUUCUCCACGCACAUGUCAAUGCUCAUCAUCCCGUCAGGUAGUAAUUUGACAUCGGUUAUCGUUUAG